UAUUGUACUCUCCCAGUUUUUUUUUUUAAAAAAAAAAAAGGCCAAGGAAAAAAAAAAUCUCUCAUCAGCUGUUUAAAAACCAGCCGACCCAUAGCCUAAUUUUUACAUCUGUCUCUUAUUCCCCAGCUACUUCUGCCUCCUUUCUGUUUUUCAGUCAUCAUUCAUAGAAUCAUAGCACAAAGCUUCCUUUAAGUCCUAAUCAGGCCCUCUUCCUCUGUUUUUGUAGCUUAGGUUCAGUUUUCUGAUUCAUUCAAGAUCAACAUUUUUUUCAUGAGCCAUCAGGAGUGAUGUGUAUAUAGUUUCCAUUUUCAAUAGCUUUUCAAACUUAGUUUACUUAUCCCAAACUGCAUUCUUCUCAAGAUUAGGCCUUUAUACCAAUUUAGGCUACACAAAUCUACCUAACAAGAAAUCACGCUGGUAAACUCCAAAAAACGAAAAAAAGGAAGAAGCUCACCCACCUCAAAUCUUGUCUUUCUGUCUCAGUUAGGUCAGUACUUUCCCUAUCAUGAAUCGUCGGGGCCGAGCGAUCAAGGAGGAGUAUGCAGGUGGUAGUUCAAGCACAUACUCAUCAGGCAUGGCAUCUACAGCUAUUCCACAACCAAUGGAGGGACUCCAUGACCCAGGUCCUCCUCCAUUUCUCACUAAAACUUAUGAUAUAAUAGAAGAUUCAAGCACAAACCAUAUUAUCUCUUGGAGUAGAGGUAACAACAGCUUUGUUGUUUGGGAUCCCCAAGCCUUUUCCAUUAGUCUCCUCCCUAGAUACUUCAAGCACAACAAUUUCUCAAGCUUUGUUAGGCAGCUAAACACAUAUGGGUUUAGAAAGGUUGAUCCAGAUAGAUGGGAGUUUGCUAAUGAAGGAUUUCUCAGAGGGAAAAAACAUCUUCUCAAGACUGUUAGGAGGAGAAAAGCUCCUCAAACUCAGACUUCUCAGCAAGCUCUAGAGGAUUGUGUUGAAGUUGGAACAUUUAGACUGGAUGGGGAAGUUGAUCGAUUAAGCCGAGACAAACAAGUACUAAUGGUGGAACUAGUGAAGCUUAGACAGCAACAACAGACUACUAGAGCUUGCCUUCAACUUAUGGAACAAAGAGUUAAAAGGAAUGAGAAUAAACAGCAACAUAUGAUGAGUUUCUUGGCUAGAGCAAUGCAAAAUCCCACCUUUGUGCAGCAACUAGUCCAACAAAAGGACAUGAUGAAAGAGCUAGAAGAGGAGAUUAGUAAAAAGAAAAGGCGACCGAUUGAUCAAGGGCGUAAUAAUGUUGAGGUUGGAGAAUUUGGCCAUGGUGAGGGAGUAGGAACAUUUGUUAAAAUUGAACCUCGGGAGUUCGGUGGUUUUUCUGAGUUUGAAGUUCCAGAAUUUGUUAAUCUGGCUAUGAACAUGCAAGAACUAAAUGAAAACCAACUGAUCAACUUGGAUGAAGAAUGUAUUGAAAAAGGAGAAGAAUAUGAAAAUAAUGGUAAAGACUUUGAUGAGGCUUUCUGGGAAGAUUUAUUGAAUGAGGAUAUUGGCGAACAGGGUGAAGAUGAGGAAGAUGUAAACGUGUUGGUUGAGCAGCUUGGUUACUUGGGUUAUAGUCCAAAGUAGAGGGCUUGAGAUUUGAUGCUGCUUUUUCCUUGUUGCUUCAGUACUGGAGUAGGAGACUCUCUUAACUGUCUGAACUUUAUGAUUUAGUGUGUGUUUGAUUCGGAUAUCCUGGCUGACAAAAGCCAAUUGGGUAUCUUCAGAUGGGUUUGAUUUGGUAUUGACAGGAGACUGCAUAUGUAGAAAUGAUGUACUCUAAGAUAGUAAGCAAGAGCAUGUUUUCUUUGAAACUGAUGGGAUCUUUUAAGAUACUUUUUUUUUUGCGGUUUCAUAAUUGAAUGUUAACUGAUUUUAUUCAUCGAUUAAAAUCACUUCUUCAUCUCA